AUGUUUAUCCAAGACCAACAAACUUGUGCCGCUUUCACAGACCCAUUUUCCGAAGACGACGAUGACUUGUUCUACAAAGACGCCGUACGGGCAUGCAUAGAAAGCCACAACAUACACAGCGAUAAAUGCGAAGUCACUUUUCGCUUGAAGUACAAGCUCACCUACACUGGCCCGUGGUACUAUGUCUGGCUCGAAGAAAAAGAGCUCCAACUAUUGAUGCCUAUCGUCGUAUUGGCCUACUGGAAGAGCCUGGGAGGCCGCUGCCAAACGACACAGUUCCCCAAGUACCACGUGUUGAGAAUCCUCGAAGAGGAAAAACGACAUUACAAGAUACAAUGGAUAGGCUAUAGCGAAGAAGAUUUUUCAUGGGAGACCAAGAAGAAGAUCAAGGAUAUUUGUCCUUGGGCUGUGCCGGCAUGGAAGGCCUGGAACAAGAAUUAG